GCCCACUUAUAAGAUAAACGUGGGACAGUAUUUGCUAUUAGAGCGGCACCUUUUCCAUUCAGCGCAUCAGUUCGAGAGAGGCUAAGAAAACCAAACUAUCACGAGGAAAUGUCUUCCCAAGCGGUAAAAAACUGUUUUAGGCCAAAUGAUUGCACCAGGAAAGCUAAUGUGGCACUGAUCACAGGUGUUACUGGACAGGUUAGAGAUAUAACGCAUUUAUUUUUAGACUGUGUGUAUUUUCCAUGAUCAGAUUACAAAACGAUAUUGCCCGAUUGCAAUGGUGUAUCAACUUUAGUAUUUUCAUUAAGAAAAUCCAUCUAUUGAACAUGGAUAACUUCAUGUUUCAGUACUUUGUCUUCAAAUUGUGUGGGUAAUCCAAACACACUGGCUUUCAUCAGGUGUGAAUAACGUUUGUAAAGAUAAAAGCGGACCGUCCAAAUAAGGUUCUCUAAAACACGCGAUGUGAAUUUAGUGUAUGUUAGGGUUCAUAUGAUCGUACGUAUUCAUAGCGUUUAAAAAUUAUGGCUGUGCCGUCAACCAGUUUGGAUAGGAACAGGCAAAGGGUCUGGGAUCGCUUUAAACAGCACCUGAGCACCACCAAACAUCAGCAUUUAUCAGAAAAGAAUACACCGCCUUUACGGGCAAUAAUUUUUUCCUCUAGACAAUCUUGUUUAAUAACAAGCGGAAUCACCUUAUAAAUGCUCAAACUUUCCGGGUAUAUUAGUUUAAUAUUGCGGAUCAAUCAGGUUUGUUACUAAAGCCAGGCAAAAUCAGAACUAUUCUGCCAUCACAAGAAAAAACCUUUUCUGCAGAGGCUGAAUGAUAAAAUAAAAUAACGAUUCUUUCCUCAGACCACUUGAAUGUUAUUUUAUAGCAUUCGCAUUUACCGUUUUCCUUUGGUCGCGCAUCGUAAGAAGUAAGGUUUUCCUAAGACCUUGAAAUGUAAUGUUUUGAUUGGUUGAAACACACUCACACGUGGCGUCGCACAGCAGCAGUCAUUUUGUCACGGCAACCGGCAUUUUCUGAUUUGAAACCCCAGGUACUGAGAGUCCAGAGGUUGCUUAGAGUUUUUCUCCUCUAUUUUUGUGAACAUGGCAGAGGCAAAACGCAAAAAGAAAGUGGCUUUAAUUACGGGCAUAACUGGACAGGUGAGGCAAUUCAAGAGAGUUAUUUAAUGCUCAGCGCUCAGAGAAUACCGAUCGAUGGAGCAUAACACGCGUUUAAUUAAUAAAUUCUGUAGAGAGCGUACAUCCACACGUGUUAGAAGUUCUUAAUAGUUUUCAUAAAAUUCGAAUGGAAAUUAGAGUCCUUCAUGUUCUCAAGUAGUCCUCUGGCGAUUUCAAUGCUGACAAUUUACAACAAAUCUUUCGAUAUGAAGUAAUCUUCCCAAACCACAUGUUUAGUGGUUGCUGGCAAGGCGCUCAAAUUGGUCUUAAGGGAAUAUAGAUUUAGAACUAUAGGUGUUGGAAAAACGAAUGUAAAAGAUGUUGAAUUUGCAUAACUGCAUCUUGAAGACAUCUGGAUGGUAAUGUGUGUGUACGUGAUUUUAGGAGUGUAGCGCCAAUACUACCUUCUGAGAUCGGAUGCUGCAGCAUUGAGAACCUGAUUCAAUACCCAACCAAAGUUACCUUUAGGUAAUUUAGUGUUAACAGCUGAGCUGGAAAGGUAAAUUGGCCACCGUAAAGGGUUAAAAAGCUGACGUUUCGAGCGUCAAUCGCUCUGACGAAGGGCUAACGCUCGAAACGUCAGCUCUUUUACCCUUUACGGUGGCCAAUUUACGAUUUCAACUCAGUUGUUAACACUAAAUUACCUGCCACACUCUUCCACCGACGCAGCACCACAGUUUCUUUAAAAACUUACCCCCUUUAUUCAAAGUUACUUUUAGGUUUACUGAAUUUGGAAAAACGUAGUUAUUAAAAGGAUGGCCUUACUUGAGCAACUUAAACCGAGUGAAUGAAAUAUAUCAUUUCGCACGGCUAUGAACAGUUAUAUCAAAUUACUGUGAUGGCAAGACUAGAUUGGUAGUUUACAACAGUCUCAUCCCAAAAGUCUAAUUGAUCUAGACGAUAACAAAGUUAUCCAUGGGGAGAGAUCUGCAAAGAUUUCCAUAUUACUUGUCACACUAUUCUAAAACAAAGUUGAAGUCCCUCAGGCAAACUGAUGUCUUCUAUAAUUUUUUCAUCAAUCCAAGAACUGUAUGCAUAAUUAAGUAUGGCUUUGUACAAAAAUCUUGUCAAAGGGAUAUUCUUUUUGUCAAAAGCACGAGAAAAAGGAUAAAUCAAAGUUCCCCACCAUCAUCAAGAAAUCAGUCCACAGACCUUCAGAUUUUUUGCACUAGAAGCUCUAACAUUGAUCUGCAAAGUACUCAAUGGUGAGCUCUUUCUUGGUGGUCAGUUGCAUCCAUCAACGACUUCAGUAUGCACUACCAAUCUAUUAAAGGCUGCUAUAUGAUCAGUGAGUCCCAGCCUUGAUGUGUACAUGAGGGAAGAAGAACUGUGCUGACUCUUUGAUGAGUAGUGAAUAAUUGUGAUAAAUCCUGCUUUCUGCGGUAGCGUGAAGCAACCAGGAUCAAUCCUUUCACUCCCAUGAGUGACUUCUUACUUUAUCAAUACAAUAUCAGGCAAGCAAGUGAUGAAAAUAAGGAAAAAUAUCAAAUAUGGUAAUGUUAGUUGAUCCAACACCAAACUCUACUAACUAAAAUUGGUAGAAUUGUAUGGAAAACAGUAAAGAGAAUUACUAAGAUCUUGGAAGCAAAAGGGUUCAGUCUCCUUCCCCCCCCCUUUUUUUUUUACUGGUGAGAUGCUUGUACAUUAUGGUUCAUUUCCUUUCUUCCUUUCCCUGAAGAAUCAGGAGUUUCCCACCCAGUUCCCUGCUACCUAGAGUGGUGUUAUGAGAUUAAGUGUUUUGUGAGAAAAGUCAUGACAAGAACUUGACCAGAAAUUAAAGCCACAGUCACCAGUCAAUCUGACCAGACUUUUGAAUGCCAACAUGCCAAGCUUCUACCUCCUUGUAAACAGGCUCUUACCCUAGCAGACUCUGUCUUUCAAAAGGCUUUAAGUGGGGAAGUGAUAUGGUCUAAAUCCUGUUAAUAAAGAUUGGCAAAAGUAUUUGGGAGUCAUGCAUUAGAGGCAUUUCUUUUUCACUUAGCUCUUAAUUUGCUUGUAAUGCUUUGAAACACCUCUACCAGUUUUAAUGUACACAGACGAGAAUAACAUAUUUGCAAUUUAGUGGUUUAAAAACUACUAAAAAGGUUGGUCAGAUGGCUAUAUUUGACUUGCAUUAAAUUUCCUAUGACUGUUGUUAUUUUUUGGUAGGAUGGCUCAUACCUUGCUGAGUUUCUGCUUGCAAAAGGUUAUGAGGUAAGUAAAAGAUCCCAUCAAAUAUAGUGCAGUCUAUUGGUUUUGGGCACUGUUGUGUUUGCAAAGAUGUUGGUAACUGUAUAGUGAAGAUUCUACUUUCUUGUCUGUGAAUUUGACAUUAAUACAAGUAGAUUGGUGCAUUAGCAACUGAAAUGUCAACUGCGAUUUUUAGAAUUGUUUACAUUUUGAUUGGAUUAGAUUUGUUAACCUUUCUUGCAAAAUUGUUUUAAUAUUUAUUGUCCUUAAUAAUGCUCUGUGAGAGGUAAUCCUAUUUAAACAUCAUUUGUGAUUACAAAACUGAUAAGAACUUGUAACUAGAUAUACUUGAUCCUUAUUAAGUACUGGUACUUCAAUCAAUUUUUUCCUCUGUUGAUUUUAAUUAUUAAUAGAUAAUUAAGUUAAAAGUUCUUAUUAUGAGUAACUACAUGACACUUGCUUUUUGUGUUUUCUAGGUGCAUGGAAUUAUCAGGCGUUCUAGCUCUUUCAACACCGGGAGAAUUUCUCAUCUAUAUGCUGAUAUCAGAACCCAUAAAAUGGGAGGUAUGCAUGCCUAUUGUACAGUGAUGUACCUUCAACUUAAGCUUGUGAGUUGGUUCUCAGAAAGUGCAAAGCCCACAAGAUUAUAGUCAACUGGCAAAGCAAGCAAACCAAAGGUCUGCUAGAUCCCUUAUAGACCUCUUGCUGCUUGAAGUCUUGCAGGCUUCACCUCUCACGCCUUAUCAGUAGUGAUUGCUGGCUCACAGCAGGGAGUGAAAUUAACUUUUUUUUUCUGAUAGCCACUUGGCUCCUAAAUUCUUCAAAGUGGUAGCCAAUUCAAAAAAAGUUGGUCGCCAUUUUCAAAGACAAACAAAAUCUUUCUUUACACUGUCAGCAUUCUAGAUAGACCCUCCAAAAUUAAGUUAGGGAAAAGAUCUUUAACGUGCUACAAAGUGGACACUAGGAUGGAUGAUAUAAAACGUUCAGGCUCAUCUAAAUCCAAGACGGCAUCUAGUUAUCAAUCGAGAUGCAUGUGCUACAUUUUGGAAACAAACUUAACGAGGAAGUUUGCUGCGGAUUUAUCUUUGCAAAUUGUUUAAAUUCACUAUAUCCAGGGUGUGAAAUAAACUUUUUUUUCUGAUAGCCACUUGGCUCCUAAAUUCUUCAAAGUGGUAGCCAAUUCAAAAAAAGUUGGUUGCCAUUUUCAAAGACAAACAAAAUCUUUCUUUACGCUGUCAGCGUUCUAGAUAGACCCUCCAAAAUUAAGUUAGGGAAAAGAUCUUAAACAUGCUACAAAGUGGACACUAGGAUGGAUGAUAAACAAUGUUCAGGCUCAUCUAAAUCCAAGAUGGCGUUUAGUUAUCGAUCGAGAUGCAUGUGCUACAUUUUGGAAACAAACUUAACGAGGAAGUUUGCUGCGGAUUUAUCUUUGCAAAUCUUUUUAAUUCACUAUAUCUCUUGGUAAGGUUAUGAUGAAACGUUCUAGUCGCCAAUUUGGCGACUAACUUUCAGGAUUUGGUUGCCAAAGUGAAAAAUUUAGUCGCAUUGGUGCCUGUAUUAGGUGCAAUUUCACGCCCUGUCUCUUGGUAAGGUUAUGAUGAAAUGUUCUAGUUGCUAAUUUGGCGACUAACUUUCAGGAUUUGUUCACCAAAGUGAAAAAUUUAGUCGCAUUGGCGCCUGUAUUAGGUGCAAUUUCAUGCCCUGCACAGGCUACUUUGAUCAUUGUUUGUCAUCAUCUUCUACAAAAUCUCAGAUCAGUGUAACUUUUGCCAAAGUUUAAAACUCUACAUCACUGUUACAGCAAAGAGAACUUAUCUAAGAAUACUUUAUUGUCAACCCUAUCACUCCCAAGAUCUCAUUAGUAAUUUUCCUUAGUGUCUGCCAUACAAUUCUUAUGAUGUGAAUUUGAAUAAUUUGGUAUUGGAUUGACAAAAUCCCUUUAUUGGUAUCCUUUGUUCAUCCUGAAUUCUAUCUCUGUCACUCAUGAGAAUUAAAGGGUUAACUGACACCAAAAAAACCCCUUGAAUUUAUCAACAAAGUGCAUGCAUGAUUUUAAUUUCUUCUAAUCAUAUUACCACUACCCCUUAACUAAUUACAAUUACUUAUACGCACAGUAUAAAGUUUUUUGUAUCAAACAUAUUUUAUGUGCUUUUUUAAUUAUAUAGAAGUGUUUUCUUUCAAAAGCUAUGAAACUACAUUAUGGGGAUCUUACUGACAGUACAAACUUAGUGAAAAUUAUCAAUGAGGUGAGAUUUUUCAGACUGUUCAGACAUCCCUGAUUUUUUUUUUGCAGUUGUGAGAUUGAAAUAUUGAUUUAAAAUUUGUGGGAAAGUUAAACUUCCUAAAAUUUAUUUGCUAGUAUGUCCAAUUGUGUUACAUAACUGAAAAGUGAGCAUAAAAUUUGACAAGUAAUGAUCCAAGAUGAAUAAUGUAUUUCUUCUACUCUAGGUGAAACCAAAUGAGGUUUACAAUUUAGGAGCUCAAAGCCAUGUGAAGGUAAUUUUUUAAGCUAAAAAGUUUAUUUUGUAGCAAUGGAGUUUGAAGAGUGUGAUUUCCUUGUUAUGAAAAGUUUAAUAUUUAGCCUCUUUAUUGAAAAGGAUCCUCUUAAAAAGAGAGUUGAAAAUUUAAACCCCUUUUUAAUAUUUUGCAGACAAACUUGUUUCAGUUGGCAUAAACAAAAAAGGUUUUUAAUUUUUCUCUUUUUUAUGAUUUCUUUGUUUAGGUUUCAUUUGAUUUAGCUGAGUACACUGCAAAUGUUGAUGCUGUGGGAACUCUCAGGCUGCUAGAUGCAAUCAAAACUUGUGGACUAGAAAAUGAUGUUAGGUUUUAUCAGGUAACAUGAUGUUCUUGCAGUUGUCCUUCAGUUUUGCCAUAUCUUCAGGGUGCUUUAUUAGCAGAUCUUAACAACUUUAGUUUGUGCUAAACAAUAGUCAAUGAAAUUUUAAUUUUUUUCUUGAGGAAAGCAGUUUAGCUACCCAAGUCCUGUUACUAUUAAAAUGCUUUAAGUAUGCUUUAUGAAUGGGACAUUCACAACAGACUGGAAAUUUCGUGUACUGUGAUUUUAACCCUUUAAUUCCUAACAGUGAUUACCAUGUAACUUUUCCCUUUGAUAUCCAUACAUCCUUCAGCAAACAGGAAAUAUGAAAAGUUAUCAAGUAGAAGUUGUUAUUUUGAUCAAAUACCAAAUUCUCCCUUAGACUUAACUCUUGUAACUAAUUUAGAAAGAAAUGUCUAGCCCCCAGAGGAGAGGAUUACUUAUCAGAUCUUUGGAGUGAAAGGGUUAUAUUGUAGGUGUCAGAAUUUUGUAGAGUUUACAUACAUUUUAAUCAUGUUUAUUUCAUUUGGUUUCUUUAAUAUAUUGGUUUAUAGGCUUCUACAAGUGAAAUGUUUGGAAAAGUUCAAGAAAUUCCACAAACAGAGAAAACUCCAUUUUAUCCCAGGUCACCAUAUGGUAAAGAUAUAUAUAAUUAUUGUUUUUAGACUACUGCAAGCUGUAAAUGUUAGUAAUCAUUCAUUUGCUGAGGUUGUUGUCAGAUUGAAAUGCAUGUUGCAAUUCAGCAAACUUAUUCCGCAAUUCGUUUUUGCAAAAUUAAACACUAAUUUUCUCCCUUAAUUUUGUUUGAACCAUCUUUAAUCCAUAGGUGCUGCGAAAGUGUAUGCCUUCUGGAUAGUGGUGAAUUAUAGAGAGGCUUACAACAUGUUUGCCACAAAUGGGAUUUUAUUCAAUCAUGAAAGUCCACGCAGAGGUAAAGAUUAAUUACCACAUGAUCUCUUAUUUAAGCAAUAGACUACUCUUUCUAUUGGUUUAGGGGUGUAAUUUGGGUUAAGGCAGUGUAGUGGGGUCCUGGGUUCAAGACCUUCACUCUUCUACAGACUGGAUUGGUUCUUAGUUGUCUUGAGUUCAACUCUUUGGCUGCACCUUGUAUAUGGCCAACUGGUCUGCCUCCUGCCAAUUGGGAUUUUUAAACACUGUUUAUUUACAAUGUUUAUUUGUAAUUUGUUGUUAUUAGGCCUGAAAAAUCCUGUUAAGGGAGUGGUUAUUGAAUGUUGUUGUUAUUAUUAUUUUAUUAUUAUUAUUAUUAUUAUUAUUAUUAUAUUAUUAUUAUUAUUAUUACUAUUAUCAUUAUUAUUAUUAUUAUAACCCACAUGGGAUGUUGAGAGCUGGAACACAAGACAAAUCAGUAAAUCAUUUCCAGUAGCCUCUAGCUUGUUAUUUACUCACGUUUUUAAGUGUUCUCUCUCUCAGGUAAGUUAUUGUGCUGAUUAACUAACAGAAAAUGCAAACAAUUACUUUUCGUAAAAUAUGAACUUUAAUUUUCUAUGGGUUUACCAUAAGCAUAUGUUGGUUUUUUUGGCCAAUCAGGGCAUUCUUUGUAUUCCUGUUAUUUUAUAACAAAUGAUAGACUUGACAUAGUUGUUAUAUAACAAAACAAAAAUCAUAGUAUUACUAAACACCAUGUCUAAGUACAGGUUAGUGAGUUGUCAUUGCUAUGAUUUCUUACCCAGGUGAGACAUUUGUAACAAGGAAGAUAACAAGAGCUGUGGCAAAAAUCCAUUUAGGAUUACAGGAUGAGGUAAAAGAACCAUAAAUUACUUUUCAAAAGGGUGCUUGUUCACUGUGCAAAUGUCUAUUUGAUAUUGAAUGUCACAAUGGAGCAUAAAAUGCAUGUGACGAGUGGCAUGUGAGGAGUGGCCAGGGGGUGUGCUGUAUGUGUAGUCCUGUUAGCAAGUGAAGCAGUUUAAUGCAUUCUGCUCGUAUUGUGCCAUCAUGAUAAUUGAGUCAGCUUCUGUGUAUAUUUCUCACAUUUGUUGUGAUCUUUGUUCCAGCUUCAACUUGGGAAUUUGGAUUCUAAGAGAGAUUGGGGGCAUGCUAGAGAUUAUGUUGAGGUAGAGAAAUAAUAUUUUGAUGUCAAACAUGGACAUAAAUAUGAUUUAUAAAGGCCCCAGUGUUCUAGUGGUAAAAGUGAAUGGGGGGGGGGGGAGAGGUAUCCCCGUCAAUAGGGUAAGCUCUGUGGUCAGAGUAUUCCCUGGCAGCUUUAUUGAUAGAUUGAAAACCAGAUAACUUAUGAAAUAAAUGUACCCUCAUAAAUCAUAGUAUAGUAAAUAUUUUACAAGUCUGAUCACUUUUCCAUCCAGCUGGGUCAUUGCAACACCUACACUGUAAAAUUAACCAAUCAUUGUACUGUAGAUAUGAAUUUAGAGCCAGAGCUUUCCCUCUUUUUGGCAACUUCCAUCACAACACUUGCUUUUAAACCUUCCCCUCUUCAACCCUCUUCAACCCUCCCCUUCACAAACCAAUCAAAAUUUUUAAAGGGGGUAAGUUUCUAAAGAAACUGUGAUGCUGUGUCAUUGGGAGAGUGGAAACGGGUAAUUUAGUACUAUCAACUGAGUUGAUAACGUAAACUAGAGUUUCCAAGCUGAUGUUUCAAGCAUUAGUCCACCAUUAGAGUGAUGGGAUGAAGGGGAAACUGGAAAAGUCAACCUUGAAACUCUUUAUGGUGGCCAGUUUACAUUAUCAACUUAGUUGAUGAUACUAAAGUACCCAAUCAAAUAUUUGUUUCAGUGAUCAAUUGUUUGUUCCACCAACCAUAUUUGUUCUGGCUUUGCAUCCCAACUUUAGAGAUCAGAGAACACACAAUUUUUUGAAUGAAUGAACUUUACCCUCAUAACAAGUCAGUGAAUAUUGUUAGCCUUUCUUUUUAUUGUAGGCUAUGUGGCUUAUUUUACAACACGAAAAACCAGAGGACUUUGUUAUAGCAACUAACAAAGUCCAUAGUGUCAGAGAAUUUGUUGAAGCAGCUUUUCAAGAAGUUGGAAUAACCAUUGAGUAGGUCUUCAUGUGAUAUUUUAUUUUAUUAAUAUUAAAGAUACAUUUUAGACAAAUCCCAAGGAAAGGAAACAUUUCGGUACUUUAGAUAAAACUAGAUGCAAGAAAGCGUGUGAGAAAGAGAAACUGCCAACAAACAUGGCUCAAUUGGACCAAAGAAGAUGGCAAAAAAUCCAGCCAUAGAGCAACUUUGCAUAUGAAAUACAUGCAGUGCCCUCAUCACUUAAAAAUGUGAUUGGCCAUCAAUCAGAUAUUUGUAGAAAUGGACUGAUUUGGGAAAGCUAUGAGCUGCAAAAGACAAUCAAAUAGUAAUAGCUUAAACAACAUUCUUUGCCCCCAAAAAAAAACAAAAACAAAAACAAAAAAAAGUGUUUCUGUCUUUUACUGUAAAUUAAAGCCUCAUGUUGCUGGUCAAAAUCAGAUGGAAGCACUCCUGAAAACAAACUGUUGGUUUUUUAAUGCUAAAUGGACAAGAAGUGGUUGUAAUGAGGUGGUUAGUGGGGUAGGUGUAGAAUGAAGUUUUACUGUUAAAAGUAGAUCCAGUCCAGGGAAGAAUUGUAUUCAAAUAUAAAAUGUAAAGUUUACUGUCUUGCAGGUGGGAAGGAGAAGGUGAUAAAGAAAUUGGUGUAGACAAAGUCAGUGGGAAGGUUCUUGUAAGGGUGAAUCCAAAGUUUUACAGACCUACAGAAGUGGUGAGUUACAUUCUUUGAUUAUAUCACAUGAAGACUGACGAGUUUAAAUAACGUUAUAAAAUCAUCAAUAUUUUGCAUGAUUUGGUCCCCUCAUGGCUGAUAGGCUGGUCUUUUAACCUGGACAAAAGGGUCUCAAAGUCCUGGCCAUCAUCCAUGGGAAUUCUACUUUUUUGUAUUCUUGAUGCCAUAACAAUUUUUUAUCUCGGGAACUCUUCAAAAGUGUCAAUAGAAUGGAACCUUUUACAUUGUAAAUUUCUGCAAUAUGGAUACAAAUUAGAUGGGCUCUUGAUUGACACAAAUACUCUGUCUGAUCACUUCAAUGAAGGGAAGUAUCUGGAAACAUGACUUUGUGACACUUUAUCUAGUCUUUAGGCAGUCCCUUAAAUGGAGAUUCCAUAGGGCUGGUGUACUACGAGUAUGAUUUAAAAUUGAUGCAAAUCUUUACAUUUGGUAGGAAUACCUUCAAGGAUCAUUUGAGAAAUCAAAGAAACUUCUUGGCUGGGAACCAAAAGUGUCUUUUGAGGUACCUGUUAAUUGUUGUUAUUAUUUUAUUCAUAUUGUAUUCAAAAUGGCAACAGGACCAAAUGGAGACCAAUUCCAUCUGUAAGAUUUCAUAUGAGUGAUGAACUGAAUCAGACAACUGUGAAGCGGGAGUCUGAUUUGUUCAUCUCGAGGAUGAUUACAGACAGAACUGGAUGACACAAAGUCCUUUCACCAAUUAAUCAAAACUAUGACAAAUUUGUGAAAGAAACUAGACAUCAAUUUUACAUUUUCAUAAAAAAAAAGAAAAGAAACAAUUAACUUGGCAAAAUGCAACACAACAACACAUGCACAUGAUGUAUUCUGUCCACUUACAUUGGCAUGAUGCAUUAACUUUCUCUUUAACUGUCCUAUUACAUUGUCCAAUCAGAAGCAUGAUGUGUACAGUAAUUCCUAUCAGUGCUCAAAUCAGGCUGGUGAUCACCAAUUUUGUUUGAGAAUUUUGUUAUAGUUUUGAUUGAUAUUGAAAUGUUAGCAUGUGUAGGAGGAUGGAAAAAGUUUGGUUCGCGGAGUGCUCUAGUUGAGUAUUUUAAACAGUUAAAUAUGUUAUAUGUAGGUGUAAGUUAUUAAAAAAUUGUGGAUAGUUAUGGUAAAUCUUAAUUCAGAGCCUCCCUUUCCAUUUUUAUCUCACAAAAGCCUUUAAGGCUUUAAAAUUCUUCAAAGGUGAGAUGUUAUUUGUGGUGGUCCAUUUAUGUUUAUUAGCAUGGUUGGAUGUAGUAGUCAUAAAUUUUUAAUGCCACAAAGAUAUUAUUAAUAUUCCCCUUCCCUAAGUAUGUGGCUUGUUUAAGUUGAAAAUUCAAGAAAGUUGCAAUGAUUUUGUGACCUUUUUACAGGAACUGGUAAAAGAAAUGGUGCAAGAAGACAUAGCACUGAUGAAGAGAAACCCAUUAGCUUAA